AAGAGUUAAGUUGAUGAUUUUUGCCUCUCAGCUGAUAUGAAUCUAGUCAAUUUUGAAUAAAUAAUACAGAUGUUUCUAUUUUUGUUAUAUGUAGGUGAUGAUAACCCGUGUAAGGUAAUUAAUGAUGCCGUCACCAAAUACAAAAAUUUUACAGCGAAGUGGAAUGGUAUAACAGGAAGUGACCACCUUCCGAGUGUGGGUGAAUUUCAGCACUUUCUGUCCGAAAGCACUGGCUUUAUCUUCUACGGCACCGAAAGAUAUCUGGGUUGUCUGCCUCCUAAUAUGCUUGCACCCAUAAAUGUAACAGACUGUCUCUUGGUUCUUCUGCUGGACUUGGUUCAGACAAGCCAGAGUUUCCUCAGACAGGGAAAAGAUGAUGCCACUAAAGCUGUUGGUGAACUAUGGCUGGAGCGUCCACUGGAGACUGCUAUGUUGCUUUCUUUAGUAGGUGUGGCUGGAGUUGUGUCAAAUCAGUGGCACUGCCAGCUGUCUGACAAUAAACAAAAACUUGAUACCUACCUCAGUGGCAUGUUAGAAGCAAGUAAAACAGUUGGACAAGCCGUGAGAGGCUUGGCACAGUUUCCCAAACAACUCGAUGUUAUACCGGAAACUGACGCUGCAUCUGAUAGAGGCUCAAAAUCUGGGCGUCAUGUCGACAUAGAAGGGACUGGUGACGAGCAAACAGCUGUGGAAGAGGAAGAGACUGGCGGAAAAGAGGAAAGAAAUAAACCUUUAUCAUUCUCAAGACACUGGUUUAACACAGUGUUGUAUGGUGCACCUACACUUCUACUGAAUCCGCCCAAAGGGUUGUAGAAGUUGACUCAAACCCGACAUAGUUUGCUCCGGCAAAUUUUGUUUGUCAAUCCAGUGUGACUAAUAUACUUUUUUGCCACAAAAGUCGUUUUCAACGACUGAUAUAAGAUUAAGUAGACUGUCGUUUGUAAAAUAAGAGAGUCUUUAUUUAACAACAUAA